CAGCAGACGACUUUAGCUUUUCUGAAAUAGUUACAUUUUCGACUCCUAGAUGACAGUUUCGUUGCGCAACAACUACUUCGUUUAAAAAAAAAAGGAAAUGCGAAACGUUCCUUUUCACCUUUCCCUCCUCCGUAUCUAUUUAAUGUCCACUAAUUCGUAUCCUGUUAACUCUGACUGUUGGCUUUUCAUGGAUUUUUCAGAGACUCAAAGGUUAAAGCGUUGGAAAGGCAAAUGAUCUCUUUUCUCGACUUAGCGUUAUUUUCGUAUUCAUGAUAAAAGUCUCAGUAGUAUUAUUAUCUCGCCAGAAGAGUAAAUCGUUACGCUGCCGCAGUAGGUGUAUCAAAAGUUUCCGAUCUAUUUUUCAUUUAGGUUUCGUACUAAAGAAUCGUGUUAUUUUUUCUAUUCCUCCCCCGGAGUAUUAAACCUGAGGUUUCCUCUCAACUUUCGGUUAAUGGUCAUGGUCGUACUGGAAAAAGAGAGAUGUGGGGGAGAAAAAAAAAAGUUGAGUGCGCACGUGUUAUUCCAACCUACGUAAGGUAAUAUUCGAUCAUCAGAACAUAAAUCCUGGUCGUAGGAAGCCAUGGAAUGCCUACACGAUUCCACUCUACAAUGGAAAUAAUCGCUGGUAUAUUAUGUACAAGUGUAGUCAUUGACUAGAAAUUCGAAUUCAUUUCUUUUUCACGAAAAUGCCUCGCCCGAUUUUUAUUGGAGAAAUCGUAGAAAUUGAAAAAUUCUAUGCCGAAUUGUAGCAAUUCUUUACAUUUCCAGUAGAAAAAAAAAGAAAACAAAAGGCACAUCGAGAUUAUUUGGGUGCAUGUGAGACGCCCGUGGUGUGUUAGAUUUAUAGGAUAGAAGACUACCGCAGCUAGUAAACAAACCAACCAUCAAAGAGCUUCGUGGUUCAUCCAAGCUUGAAGGUGUCGAGCCGCGUGCGGUGGCAAUAAGGGAUUUUCACGUUCGACGCUAGAGAUCCACCCGCGUUUGCGGCCAUCUGAUUUCCUAAGCACGGAGGCUCGACAUCCAAUCCAAUAUUCAUAGUUUUUUUUCGAAAUAAGAAAUCGGCAAUUUGUUUCGGGAAAAAUAAUAAAAAAAGGCAAAGAAAAGCGACAAAUUAAAACCUUUUUUUUCUUCGAACGCGCGCGAAAUGGGCAUCUCGUCGAAAUCCAAUCUGUUUCUUUUUUUCGCCAAUUGAAUAUUUGAUUUAGUUCCUUUUUAUGGAUGCGGCCGGGUAACAACAACGACACAGCAGCAGCAGCAGCAGCCGGCACGAUCUUUUUUUUUUUUUUUAAUAAAGCCGUUCGUCAUUUCAACCCCCGAGCUAUAUUUUAGAUGCGUCUAUAAGAAACUGGCCGUGGGUUUUUUUUUAUAGAACGGCCGAAGUUGCGCGGGUGCAAGAAAUUGCCACUUAUUUGAACGGUGAAAUCGCGUCGAUACUUGAAAAGGUUCCGCUGGCCGCAUUGAUUGAUGUAGACACAGCAGAAAUUCUUCUCUUUCUCUCUGCAUAGUACUUUUUAUGUACGCAUGUCAUUGUGGUGGUGGCAAACUCUGCUGAUCCGUAGAUGGCCGGCAGACAAGGAAUCUGUUGACCUUGCGUGUUUCCUCUAUCCAUGCGUGAAUAAAAACAGCCAGGAGUUGAGAGAGUAGAGAGCCACUUGAGUCUUCUCACUGGCCCGGUCAUCACCCCUCAGCUGACAGGCAGAUUACGAAUGCACCGUCACGUCCCGUAUAGAUUCAGAGUAGUCCUCUCUUUCUCUCUCUCUCUCGCUCACACACACACACACACACACACACACAUACUCACUCCAAAAAAUAGUAAAUGGUCUCAUUAGCAAUUCGGGGACGAGUAGAUAGUAUAGGCGGGAAGGGUCAACUCGAUUCGGUUAUUUUUGCCUCGGGAUGUUUUUGUACCGACAAAAAAGAAAAAUUUAUUCCGCGCAAUGAGGUACAUGCCCGAGCUUAAUGGACCUCUCUCUGCUCUUCUAUGCGAUUUACAACAAAUAAUAUUUCACACGAUGGCGUCGCAGUUGUGCGGGAAAGAGCGAUGGCUCAACUUUGCCAUCUCUAAUUGAGCCCGAGAGAAAUCAGAGGUGAACGGGACGGGCGCGCUUGUCGGUUGUGAUGAUCAGGACUCACGGCGUGUGAUCAUCGGCGUGAAAAAGGGUGGGGGUGGGUAACUGAGCAAGAAAGUGGGUAGGAUAUCGUUCAUCAACCGACGAUGAAAAGAAAAGCGGAUGACAGAAGAAAAAGGCCUACUACUUUCCCCCUUUCGAUAUCAUAGAGUUGAGUGGUACAAUGGUAGUUGCUCUACUUGGAGGCAGACGGCUCUUUUAUGAUGUGCGGAUCGGACCGAGUCAUCCGUCAACUUACCCCCGUACAGGGCUCCCUCAUCCUGCCAUUCCCAGAAACGGAACAAAAUAGUUGCACCAUCCAGUCGUGAAGCCCACGGCAAUCUGUUCGUUUGCCAUCGCGUACGGCCUCGCGCCCGUGUUUUUAAAAGCUUCCGUUACUCAUCUUCUUCUUCUUCUUCUUCUCGGCGCUCUGCUGAUCGACUGCCUCUCUCGGUAUAGCGAAUGAUUGCACGGUCGUCUUUUUUUUAUCACGAAGAUGGGAGACUAGAUUCCCAGCCAGCACCCAAGGUAUAUAUAUACAUCCUUCAUCCGCACUUGAUUCUCUCCGGCUCCUAGCCGGGCUCUUGAUUCCCAUUAGUUGGCGUCAGUGUCGGGCUGCUGCCACUUGCUGUACAUUUGUACAAGGUUCGAACGGAUCGAUCGACAUUGCCAGUCAAGUACUAGCUUGGUAGUAGUACCUAGUACACUGGAACUGUGUAUAAUACAGAGAGAGAGAGAGAGAAGGUCUUGCUGCUCGUACACACACAGAGCAGAGUAAAGUUCAAUCAUUUCUGCAAUUGUCCCGAAAAGUUCGUUUAGGAUCCUCUACACGUCAAAACUGCUGGGCUAGUAUGUGCCAGUCAGAGAGAGAGAGAGAGCAAGAGCAAUCAACGGAUGGCUUGUGAUGUUCAAUAUUGCACACAGACUUUAGUUGCGCGCUAUUUGACAGCUGAUGCCCCCCCCCCCCUCUGUGUUUUUAUUUUCUGCUUACGACUAGAAUUUACAGCGUAUUAUAUCGAACUUUAGACGGCCAUGAAAAUAAUUGAUGUCUGCUCGACUACAUUAGCAUGGACAAUCAGUUAAACGACCGCGAAAGGAAAAAAGAAAAUGGAAAUGAAUGAAAGGGGAAUGAUGAGGCCGUGUAAACCCGUGUGAAACAAAGUCACGCAUAGAGACCGCAGCGGCAGGGCUGGACGCGAGGACCAGGUGUCGGUCGGGCUCUAACGGACUUACGCAAGCGCUCAACUGGUUCGCAACACCUGCGGGUUUCCAAAUGGCAAACUAACACGAUCCCGUUUAUCAGCUCGCAGUUUUGUUUUUUCUUUUUUUUUUCCCCCCCAAUUUCUGUGUUUAAAAAUUAUAACGAAAACAGCUGAUUAAAAGUGAAGCAUCAACUGCUGUUAGCCCGAGUCAAACAAGGGGAAAUUGUUUUGAAUUUGGUUUUUAUUUCGUUUGGCUAUUUUAUUUUAUUUUAUUUUAUUUUUUUUUUGUUGGGUGGGUGGGAGUGAAAUAAGGAGAUAAGGAAAGUGAAAUCUGCUGUACACCAGCCAGUCGGCUGCUAUAUUAUACACACCCGUGUUACUUGACCAUGCAGUUGAGCGCGGCGACUUAACGCUACCGUUGGGAAAUCCAGAAGUAUUUUUUUGGGGGGGUGGGUUUUCUUUUUAUCUUCUUUUUGUGCGUUUGGUGUUUUUGAAAAUCCCGCCAAGCGCGCGCGGGGCUCUCCCCGCAAGCCUUUGGAUCUCGUCGCCUUUCGUUUUUUUUUUUUUUCUGGUCAACCUCAAUCUGUAUCUGUGCUGACGCCCAAGUCGACGCGAGUGUAAGAGAACCGCGGUCGGUAAUAGAGUGAACCACCGACCUCUCUUGACAGAUCAAUGGCGGUCGUGAAUCCACUCACGGGAUUUUUCCUCACACCUCGUAAGAUAGCGGUGCGCGCUACUUUAUUUUUUCUCCCAUUGACUUUGAUCAUUGCCUGUCUUCCUAUCGAAACCCGUACCCCUCCCUCCGCUUUUUCCACCAUUUGCUUUUACACACUUCCGUCCCCCCUCCCCCCUCCUUACUUUUUAUAGAAAUCUCUGCUGGGUGAAAUCAUUUUUUUGAAAAAUAAUUUCUCCUCCAUCGACAAAUGUCUUAACACUAACACCGUCUCUCCCAAUCUUUGGCCGUAUAAAACAGAGAGAGAGAGAGAGAGAGGCAAGGCGGAUGUGAGCGAAUUCCGGUCCGAUGGAGCAGUAAAUGAUGUCGACAUGGCAAGUUUGUCUCCCCGCUGAACCCCCCCCCCCCUCACCACCGACUUGUGCACACAAGUUCCAAAUUCACUAAUCACGUGACAGACUAACAGUUAACACACGCACUCAGACUAAAUGAAUGUUGAAAUGAAGAGAUGAAAUGAUGAUUAUCGCCCGCUUAGAUAGACAUACAAUCACGGACGCAUUAUUUAAUGACAUCCGGGGAAAUCAGGUUUAUCAUUCAUGCCCGACUCACAAUUUCAUUCUUUUAUCCAUACGUGACAUCUUCUGAAUCGGCGGCAUAUUUAAAUGAGCGAAUCAAAUGAAAACCGAGAGAAAGAAGAAAAAUAAAAAGCCGGGAGAUAAUAAAUCAACUGCGCGCGUCUGUAUAUUUUAUUACGCCGGGAAAUCAUUCCCGGGUAACAUUUGUACAGCUGCGCCGCCGGCCUGCGUUUCGCCCGCCCGCAUAUCGGGUCUCAUAUACUACUACUCCACGACUCUCUGCUUUUCCCUGGUGGAAAGGGUGGCCACGGUGGUGGUAGUAGUAGUAGGGGUGGGUGGGGGGGGUCUAUGAGGACUUAUAUUACACGGCGGCCAGCACUGGGUUACGAGUUUGUAUAGUUCCAGCCUUCUGGUCGGACGAACUGGCCGGCUUUUUUUCCCCCCCUCACCCGCAAUCUCGUCGUCUGCGCCCACCUUCGUUCCCGCCGCCGUAAAUAUUGACAGACAAUCUCGAAACGAAUCUUUGAACGACGAAUCUUUUAUACAUACUCUUGUGUGUGUCGGAGAUGCGUACUCGCUCCUCCGUCAAAGUGAUUACCAAGCCGUGGCUCGUUAUUACGGACUUGAUUGUGCGUCAUUACCGACUCUGAAAAAACAUCCGGAAACAAGACAAGUGGAUGAAGAUUUCAAGUUGCUUCUUCGUUAUGUCACAUACAACAAUGCCGACGGAUUGUCUCUUCUUGAUCUUCUCUCUGGCCAUCAUCAGCAGCAGCACCUGUCAAGGUUCGCGCCAUCAUUUGAAAACGGCGACGAGUCAGCAACAGCCUGCGACGGAAGUCGACUACGGCCAUCAGGACGUCUUCGACAACAGCCUCUGGUCGCCCAAGCAGCUCAACAACAAUGAACAUUCCCAUCCGAUGGCCGGAGGACACGAUUUCGUUCUUCCCAGAUUCGCCGAGCCCGUUAAUAAUGUCACGGUAGUGGCGGGGAGAGACGCCACUCUGCACUGCGUCGUCGACAACCUCCAGAAAUUCAAGGUGGCGUGGGUGCGGGUAGACACCCAUUCCAUCUUGACGAUUCACAAUAAAGUCAUCACACGGAAUUACCGGAUCGGAUUAGCGCAAGCGGAUGGUCGCAACUGGGACCUGAAAAUCAGCAACGCCGCCGAAAACGAUCGGGGAUUCUACAUGUGCCAGAUUAACACGGAUCCCAUGCGCUACCAAGAGGCUUACGUCGAAGUCGUCGUGCCUCCGGAUAUUAUCGAUGGCGAAUCCAGCACAGACACAGUGGUCCGCGAGGGAUCCAAUGUGUCGCUGACAUGCGCGGCCAGUGGCCAUCCGCAGCCCCACAUCCUGUGGAGGCGAGAGGAUGGCGCUUCCAUUGCCAGAGGCAAACUCAAAGCCAACUCCUUCGAAGGCGAAGUCCUCGGUCUGGCGCGCGUCUCCAGGCUUCACAUUGGAGCUUACCUUUGUAUCGCAUCCAACGGCGUACCGCCGUCAGUUUCCAAGCGAAUCGUCCUCAAUGUUCAGUUUGCUCCGGUUUUGUGGAUCCCUAACCAGCUGGAAGGAACCGUGGUCGGACAGCAAGUCUCACUCGUCUGUCAGAUCGAAGCUUUCCCCAUUCCCAUUGUUUACUGGACGACAGAGAGCGGCGAAAUCAUCAUCGACAAUUCUCGUUUUAGUAUGAAGGUCAGUCUGGAGAAUGAAUAUAAAAUGACGAUGACGCUGACCAUACGUAAUCUAUCGGCCGAGUUUUUCGGAGGCUACCGGUGCAUUGUUCGCAAUUCACUGGGUGAAACAGACGGCAUGAUCCGGCUCUAUGAAGUUCCGGCUGUGCCACGUUCGUCGGUCGACACGGAGCCUCCGUACGACACAGAAAUGGAAGAUUCACAAUCGGACAAUGUCCUGCUCAAAAUUCGCGAGAGGAACAAGCAUCCAUCGACAAGCAACGGGCAGGAAGCCGGAAGCGUCAGUAUUAAAGCCACCAUGGAUUCGACUGGAACGGGAUCCGUUUCAGUUGGUCAGCCGAGUCCGGCUGCCGACAAGUCGAGCAACAAUGGAUCAGCAUCGCUCUACUCCGCGGGCAUCGUUGGGUUAUUAUCCCCAUUUGCGAUUCAUCGUUUGCCCGUUGUUGUGGUUAUUGUUGUGCUUCACUGCACACUCCACAUCCCGGCAUGACAAUAAGUUUCUAUGGACAUCAUACUCCAGGCCAUUUUAUUCGCAUGUCGAUUCGACUAUAACCUCUCCUUAUUCUUUUUUCUCCCAUUUCCCCUUCCGAGUUAUGUUCCGUACCUACUGCAACGCUGCCGUUUUACUGCUGCAUCUAAUUAGCAAUAACAAUACCGCCCCUUUUCUCCAUUCUAUUCAUUCCCACCCUCCCAGCCCACAGUCAACACCCACCAUUAUUCGCUCCUAGUCGCUCGGAAACUACUACCUGACGGAUUUAAUACGUUGUGAACUGAUUGUAAAGCGCGUGCUGUAUGCCUGCUGUAUCAUAGACAAGUAAAUAAACAAAAACUUUGGUCGCUGUGGAGUCCAAGGAGAAAUUCAAAAUUCUAGGGAAAGCUGCUGGAGUAAUCUAGUGUCCAUCCCCACUUGAUUCAUUUCGUGCCAGCAUGUGAAAGUCGUGACGAAUUCAAAUUUAGCUGCUACGUGCUGUCUGCAAGCAAGCAAUCCAAUUGGCUGUCGCUAGGUGGGGCGAUGGUCUUCAGGGGACCAAUUUCAGCCAUUUUGUUCCUUGACGGAGCAGAAGAAGGACGCCAGUUGUGACGUUUCCCAUGACGAAAAUGUAAAGGUGAUUUCAAUACCAUUUUGUCAAAUCAUGUAACUCGGACUUGAGUGCCUGUCCAUUUGCCGAAAUGUCGUUCCUCGUGUGUCUUGCAGCCUGCACCCAGUCGUACGUCUUGUCCCAUGCAAAAGCAAAAGUCCGCUGUUGGUUACCUUGUUGCAGCCAGGUGGUUAAAGAUGUGAUGGAGACUAAUUGAACUGUUGUAUGCAGCAUGUGGUUCCAGUGUUAUCCAGAAGUAGCUGUGCUGGCGGUAUCCUGAACUAGCAUGAAGCAGCCUGAAGUUGCCAGUGAUAUCCGGGUCGCUGACUUUAAAUAUUUUUCUGUUUGCAUUUUGUGUAUUUGCCCUGCCAAUGUUAUCCUGUGUUUGAAAUCUGUUCUCUUUCGUGUU